UCAUCACACCUCACAUACGUCCCGUAAUCAGCCAACGCCAUGAAGCCCCGAGCGCUCCUCCUCCUCCCCUUCCUGGCGGCAUUUGUUUGUGCGUCGGACACUCAAACCAACAACAGCGCAAAUGACAACAACAGGCAGCGCAGCAUCUGGGACGAGCCUGUCCGCUUCAGCACCAAGUCCAAGGACUCGUGCACCAUGGUGGUGUCAGGGGCCGGGGACUACACCCGCCUGCGCGUGUCCUGCAAAGGUCCCAGCCAGGGCCAGACGGCGGGGCGCUCCUACUACUGCGACUUCCGGGGGAAGCCCAACCUGUGCCGCGCCUACAGCCUCAACCCUCGCCACUACUUCACCCAGAUGAUGUGGGAGCUCAGGAAGCUCAGCCACGCCUGCCAGGGCGCCAAAAUCUACCGGCCGCCCAUGUGCAAGAAACACCCCGAGGACGUCCAGAUGACCUUCCUGUCCGCCUGGCCCAGGACCGCCAUCUCCAAACCCUCCAAGCCGGUCGAGGAGCCCCUGCGCAAACCGGCGGCGCCCGCCCAGUCCAAGCCCGCCACAACCCAGAAGCCGCUCAGGCCUCAGCCCGUCAAACCUCAUCCGGGAAAGGUCCCCCAGACCAGGAGGACCACCCCCAAGCCUGCAAAGACCAGUGCCCGGCCCACGGAGCUGCCCGAAUCCAAAGCUUCCCGCAUGGCCUCCGAGUACUGCUGGAAGAGCUUCCAAGGAAUCUGCUCCUACGUUCUUGGCUGGUUCCACAACUAAACAGAGGUGUGAAGGAUUACAGAAGUGUCCAACCUGGACUUCACGUGGAUUUGAGAUCAUCAUCAUUCAUGAAUAAGUCAAUAAAGUGUUUUGUACAAACUAAAAAUGUCAACCGCCACUUGUCAUUCUGCUGUGUGCUUUGCUGUUGUUUUUUUUCGUGUGGUGCGUUCAAAGGGGGCCUUGUUGGUGCUGCACGCCGCCGCCCGCAACAGCGACAUGUCUGCAGUCUGGCUCGUGCGGGAAGUUGUUAACAUGGAGAGCUGCGGCAAAGAAAACACUCGAGCACAGCUAAACACACCAGUCACUGUGCGGCAGCAACACUGUGGGCGC